CUGAUCGGUUAUUCUUAACCGAAACCAAAAAAGAAAGAAAGAGGAGAAUAUGAGACUAACCCUUACUUCAUUUCUUACAUUAUUUUUGGAGUUGCAGAGUUGCAGGGCUGAGCCUUCUCUCAACAACCGAAGCAGAUGACUGAUAAACCCUCCACCAGAACCCGGACGGACAAACAUUGCGAUGGAGUAAGGUUGUUUGGGGAACUAAGGAGAUCUGGUGAAAUGGAGGACAGUGCGUCUCCUACGAGAAGAUGGGAGGAUCUGGAUACGGAUAUUUUGGUGAAGAUUUUUCAGUCUUUUGAUGUGUUUGAGUUAACUUCCGGGAUAGCUCAUGUGUGUAGUGGUUGGCGUUUGGCGUGCUGUGAUCCUCUGCUAUGGAUGACGCUGGAUUUGUCGAUGAUGAAAUCUAAUUUCAUUAAAAUUCCGUUGGAGCCGUAUGUUUAUGUGGAUGGCCGAUCUGAUAAGCUGUUGACUCGUCUCUUGAAGAUUUCAAUGAGUCUCAGCCGGGGAAACAUUACGACCUUGAUCUUCCAUUUCAAUUUGUAUGUGAGCGAUGAUCAGUUGACUUAUACUGCUGAAAGGUCCCCAAAGCUGAAACGACUAGUUUUGCCAGCUUGGAACAGAAUUAAGAAGACAGGAAUCUGCAAGGCCAUUUCCUGCUGGAAGGAGCUUGAAUCCUUGACAAUGCCUAGCAUAGCGAAUCCCCCAUACUUCAUAGACGAGAUCGCAAAGAACUGCAAGAACUUCAAAGAACUAAAGAUCAUGGGUCCUUGUGAUAUCUUCUUUGCUUCAACUCUAGUUGCAUAUCUUCCUAAUCUGAAGGUUUUAAGCCUCAGGUGCUCAAUGCUCCUAAGGGAGGCUCUUAUCAUGAUCUUGGAGGGCCUGCCGCACCUUGAAGUUCUGAAUAUAUCACAUUGCCUUCUUGUCGACGUCACUCCACCACCUGUAACUAAAAGGGUUUUAAGAGAGAUUGAUCCUUUUAUCCUUGAGAAGGCGUCCCGACUACGCAGGUUUUUGACGUGCAUGCAAGACACCUGCGUGAUGUGCCAAAGGACGAAAACUGACGAGGGGAUCUUGAGGUGGUACAAGUAUGAAGAAGGGCUAUGGCAAGAGGAUGAGGUGAGCUCCCUUGCUCAUUGAUCAGAGCCUGAGAACAAAACUGUAAUGUAGUUGUUUAGAAGCUAUAUCUUGUGUAAUCUUUGCCUUUUCGUGAUUGUAUUGCUGUAUGACACAAUAAAACUUACUUCCAUGGACAUAUAAAAUGCCUGAUGCUGUGUUACUGAAUAAUUUCUGCGUUAAUAACUGUUGUAUAAUCU